AUGCAUGUUGGUACGUUAGAGAGGAACACUGAUGCGAUAAAGUUGCACGCUGCUGCGAUGGAGGAGCGCACUGAUGCGAUAGAGAAGCGCACUAAUGUGAUAGAGAUGCGCGCUGCUGCGAUAGAGAGGAACAAUGAAUUGAUAGCGAUGUACCUUGAACAUAGAACGGAGAUAGAUACCAUUAAGCAGGAGUGCACCACUCUAAGGCACGAUGUGGAUGCUCUGUAUAGCCAUAUCGACGUUGCGCAAAAUGAUAGAGAAGUGCACAGAAAGAAGCUGGAUACCAUGGACCAAGAGCUUUUCAUCUACAAAAAUAAUGUCGAGCAUCUGUACAGAUCUCUUAGUAUGGUUCCACCGACUAUGUAUGAACAGACAUCCGCCAGUUCUCUAUUAUAA